GCCUCCGCACAGCAUUUUCACGGACCCUACGGUUUUCCUAUUGGCCAAACAAUAGUAACGCUGUACAACAAACAAGUUAGGGUGGAAAUCUGUCGGGAUGGAUGCAGCUACCCUCACGUACGACACACUUCGCUUUGGAGAGUUUGAAGAUUUCCCAGAGACCUCAGAGCCAGUGUGGAUCUUAGGGAAACAGUUCAACGCGCUGACAGAAAAAUAUGAUAUUUUGUGUGAUGUUACAUCGCGACUUUGGCUCACGUACAGGAAAAACUUCCCUCCCAUCGGAGGAACAGGUCCCACGUCGGACACUGGCUGGGGCUGUAUGCUGCGGUGCGGCCAGAUGAUCCUUGGGGAGGCUCUGAUUUGCAGGCAUUUAGGCAGAGACUGGAGGUGGGUGAGGGGACAGCAGCAGAGAGAGGAGUAUGUCAGCAUCCUCAACGCUUUCAUCGACAAGAAGGACAGCUACUAUUCCCUUCAUCAGAUUGGUAAACAGGUGUCUUGGUCAUGGCUGACGUAUGUGAGUAGGUGUGGUGAUAACAGGCUGUCCUGUUUCCCUGUUGCAGCCCAGAUGGGGGUCGGAGAGGGGAAGUCUAUAGGCCAGUGGUACGGACCCAACACUGUGGCACAGGUCCUCAAGAAACUGGCAGUUUUUGACACGUGGAGCGGGCUGGCUGUACAUGUAGCGAUGGACAACACAGUGGUGAUCGAGGAGAUCAAGCGGUUGUGUAUGCCGUGGCUGGACUUUGGGGGAGCAGCGUGUGCAGAGCCAGGGGGAGGAGGGGAGCUGAACGGGAGGCUGGAGGGGGCGUGUGCCCUGGCCGAGGAGGAGACGGCUCUCUGGAAGCCCCUGGUGCUGCUGAUUCCCCUGCGCCUCGGUCUGACGGACAUCAACGAGGCCUAUAUAGAGACCCUGAAGCAAUGCUUCAUGCUGCCUCAAUCCUUGGGGGUUAUCGGUGGGAAACCAAACAGUGCCCAUUACUUCAUCGGCUAUGUAGGGGAGGAGCUGAUCUACUUGGACCCCCACACCACCCAGCCUGCAGUGGAGCCCUGUGGGGAUGGGCAGGUCCCGGACGACAGCUACCACUGCCAGCACCCGCCCUGCCGCAUGCACAUCUGUGAGCUGGACCCUUCCAUCGCAGCGGGUUUCUUCUGCAGAACGGAGGACGACUUUGAUGACUGGUGCAUGCGCAUCAGGAGGCUGUCCUGCAGAGGAGGAGGUCUACCCAUGUUUGAGCUGAUAAACAGUCAACCAUCUCACCUCACCGCGCUGGAUGUGCUCAACCUCACUCCUGAUUUCUCAGAGUCAGGCCGGCUGGAGAGGUUUUUUGACUCCGAGGACGAGGAGUUUGAGAUUUUGUCUCUCUGAAAACGAGGGUAGGACUACGGUUUGCUCUCCUGGUGGAACACGGAGGAUCUCUGCAUCAAAAGGGAAGUGGAACUGGUGACCUCGCCGCUCAGUUUGGCUCCAGAAUGGCGUUCAGUUGUCGUGUUUCACAGCGUCCUUGGAAACCGCCACGCCCGGCCCGCAGUCCUGCCAGGAGAGAUCCUGAUGAGGCCCGUGACAGCCAGGGCACAGGACUCAUUCAAUAUGCACAUCGUCACAUAACGCGUUUCCAUGAUUUUCUUUUGAGUCUUAACACUUUAAAUGUUUAUUUUAAAGUGAUAUAUUGUGCCUUUCCCUGUACCCCCAAAGCAGAAUUGCAACAUGUUGAUGGUGUUUUGUCAAGAACUUGGUUAGAUAGCGAUGCAUACUGGCUUACUGCUACGCCUCCUGGCUUAUACAGUAAGUGAACGAUAUCUUCAAUCUUUAUCAACUGAUGUAACAAGCAACCUUUACCUUUUCAAACCAAGUACAAUAACUUGUAUUAUCUCAAGCAGAAGGCACUUGUCAUGUCUAAAAUAUGUACACUAGUUCAUCAUUUUAAGAUUAUUUAUUUACGUAAUGUAAAAAGAUUAAAUCGAUCUAAGGAAUGGUAAUAGUAAAAAUAAAAUUAAAUCACGCAUA